AUUAAAAAAAAGUUAUGCAAAAUUAAAAAAGUUAUACAAUUUUUUUUCGCAAAAAGCGCGGGACAAUAAUUUGAAUUUCUAAAAUUAAAAAUUGAAGGAUUGAGAUUUGAAUUUGUAAAAUGACAUUCACUAUAGGGGAUGGAGUCUCAAAGAAAAGUACUUUCGACGAGGCAUUGGACCUCACUGGUUUCGGCAAAUACAAUGUGGGCAUGCUGAUAACCUGCUGUUUCCUGAUCGUGGCGAUGUACAUGGACAUCUUCGGCAUCUCCGUGGUGUUGCCAGCUGUGGCCUGCGACAUGUCUCUGGACACCAUGCAACAAGGGUUGCUGUCUGCUAUACCGCUUAUAGGUGUAAUAAUCUCCUCAUAUGUAUGGGGUCUAUGCGCAGACACUAUAGGUCGGAGGACCACACUAUUGAUAGCCAUGCCAGUGGGUUUCGCCCUCAGCUUAGCAGCAACCAUGGCUCCUAACUUCACACUGCUGGCCACUCUCAAGUUACUUUCAGUUUCAUUCUCAUCAGCUGCAAACGCGGCAGCCUUCGUGCUGUUAGCGGAAAGUGUGCCCAGCAGGCAUCGCAGUAGAUUUAUGUUCCUUAUGGCCAGCGCCACAAUGGUCGUGCAGUUAUUGAUUUGCUCAUUUGCCAUACCGUUAUUCUCGCUAUCCUUCAGCUACGAGAUAUCCUGGCUUGGCGUAGCAUACACACCCUGGAGGUCGCUGAUGCAAGCCAUCUGCUUGCCGAGUGCUUUAGGAAUCGUAUGCACUAUAUUCCUACAAGAAAGUCCCAAAUUCUUACUCAGUAAAGACAGACAUGAUGAGGCUUUGGAAGUUUUGAAAUCGAUACACAAGAGCAACACUGGAUCUAAGAAGGGUGGUUAUUCUGUAAUGUCUGUUUAUUUGGAUGAGUCCCGUGCUAAUAGUACAGAGACUUCUUUGAUGAAGAAAAUGUGGAACCAAACCGCUCCUCUCUUCAAACCUCCACUAUUGAAGAACUCGAUCAUACUCUACUAUUUACUUCUAACAGCUUACAUGACAUCAACGGGCUUUACAAUGUGGGUGCCAACCAUGACAAACGCAUACUUUGCUGACGGAGACAGUUCAAAUCAUUAUGGCAGCACAUUUUGCGAAGUGGCUAGUCAGAGUGCAAGUGGAUCUAAUAGCACUGCAUCAACAGAAUGCACAGGCACUAUUGAGAAAAAAGCGCUCUACGCUACAUUGACAUACUCCUUAGUAUCAACCAUCAUAAUGAUAACACUCUCGUUCCUCGUGGGCCCUCUAGGAAAGAAGAAACUAACUCUGGCAGUGUUCGUCGUAUCAUCCCUCUGUGGAGUGAUGCUACUGUACGUGAAAGUACCAAUGCUUAGCAUAGCAUUGUUUUUCAUGUUCUUAUAUGUCGCGCAGAUUUUGGGCAACGUUAAUACUUAUUUGGUUGAAUUGAAUCCUACACAUUUGAGAGGUAUGGCGACGUGCUUGUCGGUGGUGGUAGCCAGAGGGUCUGGUUUCUUCAGCGUGCAGAUCAUCGCCAGCCUCCUAGGAAACCACUGCACGCCCAUGCUGUAUGGAUAUGUCGCUUUAGUUAUGUCUGGAUUCUUUGUUGCAACCCUCCUGCCACCAGAUGCGAAACCAAAAAUUAACGAGAAUGUGGUAGCACAAAACGAAGAAGCUGCAGACCCUGAGAUACCUAAAGAAUUAAAUAAAUAAGAAUAUAAUAUUUUACAAAACGUAGGAAAAAGAGUUGUGAAAUUGAAUGGAGACUGGAGACUGUAAACUCAUUAGUUUUAAGUUCCUGAUGCGGUCUGUAGGUACGAGGAUAGUCUAGUACGAAGGCAGAAAUUCUUACAACCAGUUUUACCAAGGCGUAUCGGAUUGCCGGGGAAACUGGGUUGAGGAUAUCGGAUAGGCAGCUCCAUCGCUCCAUGUAAAACAGCCGGUUAAACUGGAGGCCGAACCCUACAUAGGAAAC